CAGAUUAAAAAAGAAAUGGUUGAGGAAAAGGGCUUAACUGUUGAGACAGCAGAUAAGAUUGGAAAUUUUGUGAAGGAAAGAGGAUCCCCUUUGGUAUUGUUGUCAAAGCUUAAACAGGAAGGAAGCAAGUUUUUGGAAAACAAUUCAUCAAAAGUUGCAUUGGAUGACCUUGAAAUUUUAUUUCAAGCUCUAGAAAAGUCUAAGUGUGUUGACAAAGUUGUUUUUGAUUUGAGUCUUGCGAGGGGUCUUGAUUAUUAUACUGGAGUGAUUUAUGAAGCUGUUUUCAAAGGGGAGACACAGGUUGGUUCAAUUGCUGCUGGUGGACGUUAUGACAACCUUAUUGGAAUGUUUGGUACAAAGCAGGUUCCAGCAGUUGGUGUCAGUCUUGGAAUUGAGCGAGUGUUUACUAUAAUGGAGCAGCUACAAAAAGAAAGGAACCAGACAAUCCGAGCCAGCGAGACACAAGUACUGGUGGCCUUGCUUGGAGAUAAGCUACCUCAAGCGGCAGAGCUAGUUAGUGAGCUGUGGAAUGCUAAGGUGAAAGCAGAGUUCAUGGUCCACAAGAAAGUGAUGAAGCUCAUAGAUCGCGCCAGGGAGUCAAAAAUCCCUUGGAUGGUAAUUGUCGGUGAGCGGGAGCUGAACGAAGGAAUUGUAAAGUUAAAGAACAUCGAUACCACUGUAGAGGAGACCGUCCCCAGAAGUAAAUUUGUCGAGGAACUUCAAAGACGGUUGAACCAAUGAAAAUACUAUUAAGUUGAGGUAUAAAUUUACAACCAUGUUCCAUUUCAACUCAUGCCAAUCUGCUGUGUUAUUCAAUGCCUGUUUUAUCGAAAAAUUUCUCAUUUUAUUAGCUGUAUGGGAAAAUCUGAGGUA